AGAAGAGUGUGUAGGCUACAAACAUAGUUGUUGGUACACAGGGGAGGAGGCUCUCCCGACUGCGCCUUCCUUUGAACCUCUGAAACCAAAGUUUGUAAAGAGCUCUCUUCUCUUCUCUUCGGAAGGAAAGAAGAAGAAAUCCACAGAGAGAGAGAGAGAGAGAGUCGCAGCCGACAUUUCUCACUUCAUAUGACUGCGACUGUGAUUACAACAAACCGUUGAAAGAGAGAAUGGAUACUGGCGGCAAUUCGCUGGCGUCCGGACCUGAUGGUGUGAAGAGGAAAGUUUGCUAUUUCUACGACCCUGAGGUUGGCAAUUACUACUAUGGCCAAGGUCACCCCAUGAAGCCCCAUCGCAUCCGUAUGACCCAUGCCCUUCUCGCUCACUACGGUCUCCUCCAGCAUAUGCAGGUUCUUAAACCCUUCCCUGCCCGCGACCGCGACCUCUGCCGCUUCCACGCCGACGACUAUGUCUCUUUUCUCCGCAGCAUCACCCCUGAAACCCAGCAAGAUCAGAUUCGCCAGCUCAAGCGCUUCAAUGUUGGUGAAGAUUGUCCCGUCUUUGACGGCCUUUAUUCCUUUUGCCAGACCUAUGCUGGCGGCUCUGUUGGUGGCUCUGUCAAGCUUAACCAUGGCCUCUGCGAUAUUGCCAUCAACUGGGCUGGUGGUCUCCAUCAUGCUAAGAAGUGCGAGGCCUCUGGCUUUUGCUAUGUCAAUGAUAUCGUCCUAGCUAUCCUAGAGCUCCUUAAGCAGCAUGAGCGCGUUCUAUAUGUUGAUAUUGAUAUUCACCACGGUGAUGGAGUGGAGGAGGCUUUUUAUGCUACUGNAAGAAAUCCACAGAGAGAGAGAGAGAGAGAGUCGCAGCCGACAUUUCUCACUUCAUAUGACUGCGACUGUGAUUACAACAAACCGUUGAAAGGUCAGUCUCUGUUCCUUGUCUGCGUUUUUCCAGUUUCCGUCAACUGUCUUGGGUUUUGA